AAUUCUGAGAAACAUUUUCUCCUAAGAGAGGAGAAAAUAACCCCUGGGGGUGAGGGGUUAUGGGUGUGUGUGUGUGUGUGUGUGUGUGUGUGUGUGUGUGUGUGUGUGUGUGUGUGUGUGUGGACUAUGCAAAAUAAGCGCUAAGAGGCUGGUUAAAUAUUGCUCAAUUUCUGCCAUAAUAGGUAGUUUUUCCAUCUGGAGACGGAGAUGUCAUAUUUAUCCAUAGACAUUGUUAGACUCAUUUUUUUAUGAUCACACUUUCCAAUCUACAGAGUAUUUCCAAUAAUGUUUGGAUCUGCAAUCCUUCCCUGUGUGAUGAUCCAAAUAAAAGUAUUAAACUGUGUGUAAGCCCCAUUGAUUCUUCUUGACUGUUAUCCUUGACAUUAAAGUGUGUGUUCAGAUGAUGAUUUGAGCCAGAGAAGAUCGUCAGGUUUUACAUAAACUUGUGCAGUCCAUGAAGGCUCAAGUUCACAAUGAUGUAAUUUGUAAUUGUGUGUGUGCAUGCAUGUCUGUAAAAGAGGACUUUGCUCAUCUUCCUGUUCUAAUGGUAUGAAUACACUUCUGGUAGGUACAUUAGGGAAGCACUUUUAAUCCAGGAAGUAUGUUUAGUUCUCACAAAUAACUGUAUGAGCGAGUCCGUGAGCUCAGUAUAAACACAGACCCAACAGUGAGUGUGUGAAGUUGUUCCUGAAGAAGAGAUGAAGAUGCUGCUCUCGGCUCUGAUUCUGCUCACGCUGUCUGGAACCAGAAAUGUGCUGCCGCAGUCAACUAAGAUUGGAUGUGAUGGAAAACAAGUUAUUCAGACUGACAACAGGGAUCUGGGUGUGAAAUAUCCUGAUAAUCCGAUCUGUGCUGUGAGAGGAUUCAGUGUCUCCAUUCCCUGCAAUUAUUCUUAUCCAACAUCAAAUCCCAAUAUUCAGGUGACACAAAAGCUUUGGUGCUCACUGAACUCCAACACAAAUUGGUGUUUAAACCCUCCGUAUGUUUAUGACAGCUCAUCAAACACCAACUCAGACUUUGAGUACGCUGGAGACGACAAAUCAAACUGCACUUUAUUAAUCCACAAUCUACAGUUCAGUUAUUCUGGAGAGUACAGAUUCAGAUGUAUCACUAAUGAGAACACGGUGAGAUUCACAGGUUGUCCUGGAGCGACUCUACAAGUUGCAGAUUUAAAGGUGUCACUAAUCAGGCUCAGUGGAAACGGGACCCUUAAACAAGGAGACUCGUUAAAUCUGACGUGUGAUGUGAACUGCACACACAGUUCCUCACAGUUCAUGUGGUCUAAGAACAACGAGCUCUUACCUGAAUCAGGACCCGUUCUUCACUUUCCUGCUCUAACCGUGAGGGAUUCUGGGAAUUACACCUGCACUUGGAAAACCAACGAGGCCUCAAGAUCUGAAACGAUCAGCCUUCACGUCGAGGGUGAAAAUCCUAGAAAACCUGAAAAUCCUGAUCAGUGGUUAAUCUGGAUCAUUGUCUCUGUGUCAGUUGGAGUGAUUUUCAUCGUCUCAGUCAUCGUAGGAGCUGUGAUUUACAUCAGGAGGAGGAAAUGUAAAGCUCCAGAAGAAAACGGGCAGGAAAGUGGAGAGAAAACACAGACAAAGCCACAGUUAAACCAAGUUUCUCAAUAUCCUGAUGAAGAAACUUUGAAGAAGGAGGAAGUAACUUACGCGUCUGUCCAAAUCAAACCAACAACCAAAGGGUCUCAGGUCACAGCACAGCUAAACCAAGUUCCUCAGUCUGAUGAAGUGUUAGAUGAAGGAGGAGUGACUUAUGCAUCUGUGGGCAUCAAACCCAAAGGAUCACCCAAACAGCGAGUCCACACUGAGCAGCAGGAGGACGAUUCUGUGAUCUACAGCGCUGUGAAAAAGGCCUGAUGAUGUUUCCACACCUCAUUCACCCACAGUGCAGAUGAGUUUUAUUUACUUAUCAUCAUAAGACCUGGGAUUUUUCCCCCCAAGCAUGAAACUCAUUAUGAUUUAAGAUGUGCUAAUAUCAUAAGAAGUGUCAGUGUAUUUACUGUAAACAUGCAGUUUGGAAGAAAAUUGAAAUGAAUUUGUUUUCUACACAUUCCUGUGAUUUCUUCAUUGUAAUUUAUGUUGUUUUUGAGUAAACAGGCUUCGUUUUCUUCUUCGGAUGCUUUCAGACAGGUUUAGUUUCAUCUGUGUGUGUGUGUGUGUGUGUGUGUGUGUGUUAAAGUCAUGUGACCGACUAAUGUUCAAGUGCAACUUGUGUGACCACGCCCACUUACAACAAGCACUUACUGUAUAAAGGACAAGGCGAUCCUUUUACAGAAAAGUAAAUGUAUAAGAUGUGUGUAACCGGCUACUUUCAGUGCAACAACCAUGGAUACAUCAUGAAGACACGCCCAUCUGUGUGAUUCAUACAGAGAGCCCUUACCCUGUGUGAUUUUGUUCACAAUCACUACAGACGUCCUCCGACAACAUUACUGAAGUCCUGAAAACUAAUCCCGUCUGAAUUCGGCUUUAGAACCAAAACUGUCACAUUCUGAUGUUGAUGGUUACCAUUUAACACAUGGAGUUUUUAAUGAUAUAAAAUCCCGGCACUGCCAAGCUGCCACUUGAACAAGUUCUUUAAACUUCAUCUACUCGGCUCAACUGUAACUCGCUUUGGAUAAAAGUGUUUGCGAAAGAAGGAAAUUUAUUGGUUGUUUUUUUUUCCCCCUUGCAGUAAGCUAUUUUUAGCAUCAUAAAUAUUUAGAUGAGCCUUUUUCUGUCCAAGGUAACAUAUAUGCUGUGUAAAGUUUUUGCGCAUGCUGCAGGUCAUUAGUUUUCUUCCUAUUUUUAAGCUGUUAUUGAUCUUUAGAUUUUCUAACUUUAUUAAUUAACACAGUAGCAGUGAUGAUAAUGAUCAUUCCCCCUGCUAUGUUCAUGUAUUUACCUGCUAUUGUUUGAAUAAUUGUAGAUAAAGUUUUUCUUUCUUCGGUCUUACAACAGAUCCUCGAGUUUUAUUUUUCGAACAUUAAUGUAUCAAGUUUGACUGUAAUAGCAGAGUGUAUGUUCAUGUUAGGCAGCUGAAAACAUGGUUUGACACCCACCCACCCCUC